GUGUCACAUUUUGUGAAAAUUUCAGGCAAUACAAAUUGUGUUAAGAUCUGUGUCAGUUUGUAUAAAGGAUUGUUAGAGAUAUUUCCUAUGAAUAUUAAAAACCUAAAUAUAAACGUAUAGGAAAGCUAACGAAUUUCCUAAGACGUGUGAACUUAACCUCAACUGCAGGAAAAAAGUUGCACUGUGACACAGAAAAAAUGAAAUUUUUCAGUAAAAGUGCAUUUAUAAAAAAGGAAAUUGUGUAAUUGGUGCAAUAAACAUAAGGAAAAGCUAUAAAACAAGCAUUUUCUUAUCUCUUCUAGGUACUUAUCAAUACACGCUAAUUACAUAGGUGCAUACAUACGUACCUUAACUUGAUUAGUGAAGCUUUACAAAGCGCUUAUUUUAACUAAACGCAGAAAAUAAUUACGUAGUUAUGGUGAAGAAGAAGCGUCAAUCUGAUGCACUUGAAGAUGGUUCCUCCACGGACUCCUCUGACGGUCAAAUGUUGAGUCCUUCCGCCACUGGCGUUUGUCAGCAUGCUAAAAAAUCCGUUGACACCACUAAAUUGCGCAAAGUUCUGAAAACGAAUGGACUGGUCGCGGAAUGCAUGCAAUGCGCAAAACAAGGCGCUACGUCACCUGCAGCAGAGGUUAAGGAGUCUUCCAUGGAUGAAUCUAUUUGUGGCUUUGAGUAUGAUAACACUUUAUGGUUAUGCCUUAAGUGUGGCUCGCAGCUAUGCGGACGAGCAAGGAACCAACAUGCGUUACAACAUUAUAAGACACCUCACUCCGACUCGCAUUCGCUUACAAUGAACACACGCUCUUAUGAAAUAUGGUGUUAUGAUUGCGAUAACGAGGUUAAAUCCAAUUCACGCAAAAAUCUCUUGGAAUGUGUCGAAAUGGUCAAGAAAACUGCUCAAAAACCUCCUCCUGUAGCUUCACCCGCAGCAAAUACACAACUCAAUAAUAUCGAAGGCAAAUUACUAGCAACAUGGGAAUCUUCCCGUCCCCUUGUUGAGACCAAAUCCGGAGAAUUGUCAAAUAAGCCAAUACCGUUACCGCCGCCACCGCCACCACCCAUACCUGGUAUGGCCAAACGUAUCACAGAUCCUGCUAUUAUAUCGGCCCCUAUAUUGAAUAUAAAAAAACCUCAAAACAACUUUGACCCAAAAGAAAUUGAAUUACUACCACGUGUGCGAGGUUUGACAAAUUUGGGCAAUACAUGCUUCUUCAAUGCUGUAAUGCAAUGCUUGGCUCAAACACCCUAUUUGUUGGACGUGCUCAAAGAGUUGUCGGAACCGGGUGAAGAAUUUAUUCUUCCAGGUGGUACAUUUAAAUUCAAAGAUGACGAAGAUGUACACUUGCCAAUGAUUAAAGGUACCUUGUCAUCUUGGGGCGGACUAACUGCAGCACUCGCACAGGCUUUAGAAGAACUGCAGUCAGGAGGCGGCGUUUUUACCCCCAGCAAAUUGUUCGACAAACUCUGCACAAAAUGUCCGCAGUUCCGCGGAGGUGACCAACACGACUCUCAUGAACUUUUACGUCAUCUACUUGAGAGCGUGCGGUCUGAAGAUUUGAAACGUUACCAACGGGUAAUCCUAACCAAUCUCGGCUAUAAGGAUCAGGACAUAAAUAGCGUUUCCGAAGAGAUGCGACAAAAAUGUAAAAUCUACGGUAAUCAAGCAGCUGAUCGUAUUCUCCGCCCAGAACAAGUGUUUCGUGGCUUCCUCGUCUCCACGCUGACUUGUCAAGAUUGCUUUAAUGUAUCUUCACGGCAUGAAUACUUUUUAGAUAUGUCAUUGCCAGUUAGUGUAGAAAAACCACAACCGCCGAUUAGGCGUAAAACCAGCCCCGAAAAUACACCAAACACAUGCUCAUUUUUCCUAAAUGCGCCACCAGCCGGACCCUCGAAGGCGCAAUUGAACAAAGAAAAAGAGAAGAAACGCAAAGCAAAACGUGCGGCUAAGCAUCAUGAAACUAAAUUGCGGCAAAAAGCUUUAUAUGAGAAUGCGACAGAUGGUGCGGCAGAUGCGAAUGCAACUGCAGCGAACACUGAAAUCGGCUGUGCCAACCGUGAAGAUGCUGCUGGAUAUUCCUCAUCAACAUCCUCAUCUGAACAAUCCGAUGCUGAUGUAGAAGACAACCUGCUCGACGAUAAUGCGGUAACGAAAUCCACGCGUUCCUUAAACGCAACAACUUAUGACACGAAUGGCAACAAUCAGCUGCCGCACACCGGCAAGGCGGAGAAGCGAGACGAAUCACCAGAACACAUGGACAAAGACUCGCUGGAUGAAGACGAACAUGAUUCUGGUAUCGCCAAUAGUCCGGCCAAUGCAGGCAGCAAUUUCCUGUCUUGUUCCGAAACGAACGGAGGCAGCGAUGGAAAUUCUGUCACUGCAAAUAAUAGUCUACUCGCAGUCGGUCUGAGCGAAAAGGGCGCCACAAUGAUGCGCCAACUCUCGAUAACGGAGUCAGCUGCCAGCGUAGAAGGCGUCUACAUGAAUGGAGAAUUGAAAGACGAAGCAGCUAUUACAGCGCAACUUGAGCAAUUAAAACUUAGCGAACAAAAGGCGGCGCGCAUGAAAGCCAAACGAGUACGCACGCAAAGUCACUCCGAUUGGAGCACGACAAUCGCGCCACGUUAUCAAUGUGAAGAUGGUGAAUGUUCCGUGCAAUCGUGUUUGAAUAACUUCACCGGCGUCGAACUAAUGACGGGCAACAACAAGGUGGGUUGUGAAAAUUGCACAAAACGCAUUAACGGUACCGAUCCCAAGGCCAAAACCGUCAAUACGAAUGCGACCAAACAGUUUCUCAUAUCUAGUCCGCCAGCGGUAUUGAUACUACACUUGAAACGUUUCCAACUCGGUCCGCGCUGUAUAUUCCGCAAACUAACACGUGGCGUCAGCUUUCCAAUGGUAUUGGACAUCGCGCCAUUCUGUGGCUCGAAAGUAAAAAAUCUGCCAAAUAUCGAUCGUAAACAAAAGAAACUCUUAUACGCGCUUUAUGGCAUUGUCGAACAUUCGGGAGGCAUGUAUGGCGGUCACUACACAGCCUAUGUCAAGGUGCGAACAAAAUUGUCGCGCGAUGAUAAGCGUUGGAACUUCUUGCCACAGGGUAGCAAAGCGGAGUUAGAUCAAGAUGAUGAGCAACGCAAGAAACUCGAAGAGCUGUUGGCGAAAGAGAAAGCGCGCGAAUUGCGCAUGAAGGCGGCGAAUGACAGCGAUGAUUUCUCAAACAGCGAUGAUUGCUCAUCAACAACAACGACAACAAGCACCUCCGAUGCCGAUGAGUUGCCCACAGACGGCGAUGCUGCAGCAGCAGGCGGUGCGUACGGUGGUGAUGAAGAAGCACGCGAUGUGCAAGUACCGAUGGGCAAAUGGUAUUAUGUGUCCGAUUCUCGAGUGCAAGAGGUGAACGAAGAGACCGUGCUAAAGGCGCAAGCUUAUUUAUUGUUCUACGAACGUAUUUAUUAGAUGUAUGUUGAAUUGAAAUAAUGAAAAGCUAAAAACUGAAAAAUGCAAAAAGAAAAA